CCUCCCUCCCCCCCCCAUUCCUCCACCUCUCUGGCGGCGAUUGCUCUUGCUGGGGCCGCCGCGAUCUCCUGCGGGGCUUUCAGCGCUGCUCUUGCGGGCCCGUGUCCGAGGUGCCUUGCGGCGGGGGGCUGCCGCUGGGGCCGUCUGCUCGCAGGGCUCCCCUCGGCGGGGGGGCAGAGACGUUUCCAGCCUUGCUUCGGCGGGUCCUAGCUGGACCCGGCGGGCUGGGCCUGCGAGCCGCGGCGGAGAGAGCGCGAUCGGUGGUCGGCUUGUGGGGACUGUGAAGCGGCGGCAGCAGCGGCGGCGGCUGCAGCGGCUCCCCCUAGGGGAAGCGGGGCGGCCGGGGUCCCGGCUCGGAUGGCGGAGGGCAUCCAGCACCAGCAGCUCGUGCCCGGCGUCGGCGUCCCAGCCCCUCGAGGGCUCAAGCGGGAAUCCGAACUGGAGCAGCCCAUGUCCGGCGGAGACGGAGCCGAGAGCGGCCAAAGCAAGAGGCUGCGGACAGAGGCGGAGGCUGACGGAGGCGGCAUGCAGAAUGAGCCUCUGACUUCCAGUUAUCAUGGAUACCCAGGAAGAGACAGUCAGGGUAACCAGGAGCCAACAGCUACUCCUGACACAAUGGUCCAGCCAUUCACCACAAUCCCAUUCCCACCUCCCCCACAGAAUGGGAUCCCCACAGAGUAUGGUGUCCCCCACACUCAGGACUAUGCAGGCCAGACCAGCGAGCACAAUCUGACAAUCUAUGGAAGUGGACAAACACAUGGAGAACAGAAUACAAAUACAGCCACCACGCAGAAUGGAUCUCUUACGCAAACAGAAGGAGGGGCACAGACAGAUGGCCAGCAGUCACAGACACAAAGCAGUGAGAAUGCUGAGAGCAAGUCUACACCAAAGCGGCUCCAUGUGUCCAACAUUCCCUUCCGUUUUCGGGAUCCUGAUCUUCGGCAAAUGUUUGGGCAAUUUGGUAAAAUCCUUGAUGUAGAGAUAAUCUUCAAUGAACGUGGGUCCAAGGGAUUCGGGUUCGUAACUUUCGAGAAUAGUGCUGAUGCAGACAGGGCCAGGGAGAAAUUACACGGCACCGUGGUAGAGGGCCGUAAAAUCGAGGUUAACAAUGCCACUGCACGAGUAAUGACUAAUAAGAAGAUGGUCACACCAUAUGCAAACGGUUGGAAAUUGAGUCCUGUAGUUGGAGCUGUAUAUGGACCUGAAUUAUAUGCAGCAUCCAGUUUUCAAGCAGAUGUCUCGCUGGGCAAUGACGCUGCAGUGCCCCUGUCAGGAAGGGGGGGUAUUAACACUUACAUUCCUUUAAUCAUACCCAGCUUCCCUUACCCAACUGCAGCCACCACAGCGGCAGCAUUUAGGGGAGCCCAUCUGAGAGGACGAGGAAGGACAGUGUAUGGUGCGGUACGAGCAGUACCUCCAACAGCCAUCCCAGCUUACCCAGGAAUAGUCUUACAGGAACCAAUCAUUAGCGCUAAAAUACCUCAGGGUGGAUAUGCAGCCUACAGAUAUGCGCAGCCCGCUACUGCAACAGCAGCCACUGCUGCUGCAGCUGCUGCAGCAGCUUACAGUGAUGGUUACGGCAGGGUGUACACAGCAGACCCUUACCAUGCUCUUGCCCCUGCAGCUAGCUAUGGAGUUGGCGCUGUGGCAAGUUUAUACCGAGGUGGCUACAGCCGAUUUGCCCCUUACUGAAGUUACAUGAGCCCCCCCCUGCAAGUGGGACAGCUCCCUCCCCCCAGUUCAUGAGGCCUGGCUAUUGCAAUAUUUACUAGUAGAGGAACUCUAUAGCAAGAAGAGGAGGAAAACAAAAGAAAAAAACAAGAGAAAUACUUUUUUAUACCUCACUAUGUUCUUUAAAUAUGUAUUUUCCUUUAAAUUUCUGCCUUUAAUUCUUUUGUUCCAAAGAUUGUGCAUUUUUUGAUCUUUUUUUCAAUUGUUUGUUUUUAACUGUGGUAAACAUAAUGCAUUUUGUGUCUAUAUAUGCAUAGUUUAUCCUACCAAUCACACAAAAAGAGAUAACUAGUGCUAAGGAGGGUUAGUAUUCAAUAUCAUGGAAGGUAGUCAGGAAUAUGUAGAUAUUUUUGCUGGGUCUGAUGCCCAAAAGCCAGAAUAGUGAGGAAGAGCUCCCUCUACUGUGGGAAUGGGGGAAAUGUUGAUUGCCUGCAGCUGGAACCUGCAUGCUCCUUGGAAACACAAAGACCCUCCUCUUUUAUCACCAGCUGGCACUUAUAUGGGCUCAGGACUGCUCCAGCAGCAUCAAGAUUUUUUAUAAUUUUCAAGACAAAACUGCUCAAAGCUGCCCAAAGACUUCAUCUAAUAAUGGUUUUUAGAGGACAAGGCAUGUAACAAAUACAUAACUCCUAACUUUAAUUCUUAUGAUCUACCAUGGCUUUACUUUAAUCAUUCCGUUGCUUUGGUUUUCUUCUCUUCCCACUCUUACCUCUUUUCUGAUGGAAUAGCAUGUUUGGGAAAAUAACUGUUGAAUUUGGAUUCAUGAUGGAAAUAUUUUUUUCUCUAGAAAAACCAAGAGUUUAAUUGCAAAGGUCUACAUAUUCUGAGGUUCUGGAUUGGUGAUUGUGAAAAAAGCUUGCACCAGGGCUACUCUGAUACUCCACUGUACAAGAUCCUCCUUUUUCACCCUGAGGUAGUUAGCUUUGCUGCAAGUAUGUUAUAAAAAAAAUUGCAUGAAAAGAAAAAAAUGCAUUCUGGACCAGAAAAGUAAGGCAAGCAGUGGGGGUUGGGGGGAAUUUUUUUCUUCCUUUUGUCAUAACACUAAUUUGGAAACCAUGCUUGUAUUAGCAUUGGUAUCUGGAAAUGAACUAUUUUCAAACAUAAUAUAAAAGCAUAAUUAAUGUUUACUCGGAUUUGUAACCAGAGUCUUUUAACGGUUGCCCGUCUGAAGACAAACUGCUUAAUUGAGUCAAUACUGCCAGUUUGGAAUUGAAAAAGGGCUUCAAGAAAACUCUUAAGCCUGAAGAUUGUCCCAUGCUGGAAUAUCUUCCUGGAAUACUCUUUCUUCUACUACAGUUGAAAGUCUUGUAAAUUGAUAACGCAUGCAAUUGGAUGAUAAGCAAACCAAGGGUCUCAAAUAUUUUACCACUAAUUAUAGAUAUUAGAAUAGCAUAAGGGAUCCUUUUUUAUUCUUGUACUCUUCCAUUAUUAUUUUUUCAACACCUGCAGAUGCCCCACAGAUUUAACUCAAAGUCCAUCAUCUCAGACUUUUGGCUAUGAUUAAGUGUACCAUCUUGUGUAGUAUAACUCUAAAGCCAUACCCAUUACAAAAGCACAAUUCCCUGUUUCUUUAUCACACGAAAGUAGUAUCAGAGGACUUUUCAACUAGAAAUAGGCAGUCGGGUAGAUGAAACCCUAUUAUCUUUUGCUCCACAACAACGGCAAAAUGGGCAAAGAGAUUUGAAAACCUUCAGUGAUAUCCCACAAGUACACUGUUCCAGUCAUAUACAACUCAUGCUUCCUUAGUUCCACUGCCAUUGUGUUCUGUUGUGGCUUACCAGAGAUUUGUGUGGAUUGCUAAAGAGGAGAUCUUAAUGAAAGAGUCAAUUUAUCUGAGCAAAGGGGCACUAAACUAUUAGACUGUUGGCCACUUUUUUUAAAGACAAGCUGCUGUAACAGUUACUAAAUUUGUUUUGUAUAUCCAGCUUAAAAUGAGAAGAGAAUAGGAAUAUUACAGCUAUCACAAAAUUGUGGAAAUGAAGAAGGAAGAACAGAUUUUCCAGCUACUUUCAUCUCAAGGAGGAUGUUAUUUUGCUUCUGCCUGUUGAAUAAGACACAUCAGACUUCCACAGUGAAUUACAAUUGUGAAAAAAAGAAUCUUGUGUUGAAAAAGAUACAAUCUGCAGAGCUGUAACACAAUUCUUGGACUAAACGUUUUUUGUUUUGUUUUUAACAGUUUGAAGAUUGAAUACUGAAUCUUGAUAAAUCCUCCAAGUUGCAUACUUUUAUUAAUUUUUUCUCAUGAAAGACAAAGGUGGAGUCCUUUUACAGAUUAUUCCUGGAAUGACACUCAAGUCACCCUGGCUGUCACCUGAGUAAUAUAACCAGCCCUGCAAGGCAUCUUUAGUCAAGAAAUGUCUGUAGUCUAAUUCCUUAGCUAUAAAACAAAAGAACAAAGCACUCGCCUCUUUGUGAAACACAAAUAUGUGAUGAAGUACACUAUUCCUAUAAAUACCUUAUCUCUUGAUUUUUCCAAAGCCUGAACUAACUUUGCAACAAAGCAAGAUUUUAGCAAGAUAAUGUUUACCCUCUGAUUUCUAGAACAGUUGAAACAUCUUCAUAGGUGGUAGUAUAAAUUCAAGGCUUUACAAAUCCUCUUUCAACCACCUUCAUUUACAGAUGUCUAGUAGAUAUAUAGCAGGACAUUUCAGCUUUCAAGACCAGAUUGGGAUGGAUGUGUCUUGUGCUGCAAAAGAGUGUGCAGGCAGCCUGGGAAAUAGAAUGUGCAUGUCAUUCUCCAGCAUGCUAGCAUCUGAGGAAUCCAUUGCAGUGGGGAGUGGGGUGGGGUGGGGUGGGGUGGAGAAGAGGCUUACGAGUGUGUUGACUGUCUGAACGGGUUUUACAAUAGGAAGGCAAAAUUGCUAAUGGACAAAGUGAAUAACCAAUGUAACAUUGUGUGUGUUUUUAUUCUGAUUUUCUCCUGAUAAUUUUGAACAUGAUUGUAGUAUACACCAGUAUACUUGAUUUUUGUUGUUGUUGUUGCAUUGUUGCAUAAAACACUAUUUGGGUGAUGUUAUUGUUAUUGUCAACCCAACCUUUUCUGCUCCAUUUCCUAUUCACCCACCCUAUUUUAAGGUUUUUAUUUGCAGUCUAAUGAAAUUAAAUCUCCAAUUAAUGAGGCAAACUGUCUGCUGGUAGUCAGAGUUAAACUAUUAAUAUUUUUAGGGUAUUUCCUCAGUGUGCUGUUUUCCCUACCUAUUUGGUUAUAUAACGACAAGAUUUGGACUGUAUCCUUGGCACCUCUUCUGAGAAGCAAAUACUCAAAAGCGCUCAAUUUGCAGAACUUACUGCCAUGAAGGUGGAGAAACACUGUAGUCCUCUGCAGUUAUUUAGUUCAGAUGAUACUUCAAGCCUUGGACAAUUAGAAGCUACUUGUGAGGUUUUCUAGAUCUGUAGAACCUAAACACUGCCUGUUAACAAGAAUGAAAAUUGAGUAACGGCCUGCUCCUUAGCAAUAGCAGAUUUGCUGCCGCUUUAUUUUUUCUUAAAGCCGUCCACUGAAGUAUUCAUUAUGACUUGUUGUCUGCCUCACGUCAAUUAAUUAUUGACUUCUUUAAAGGAAAAUCAGAAGCCUCGUACUUGGUUUUCUCUCUUUUGGAGCAGAAUAUUCAAGUGCAUUUUGCAGUUGCUCUGAGAAGCAGCUGUGAAGGAAUUUAGUCUAUAUAUUCAGUAGAGUGAUGUGUCACCGUUUUGGCAGCUCUUUUUUGCCUGGAAUUCAAUAAGUGAUAAAGUAAUCUUACUGGGUUUUAAUUUGGUGUUUUUGUUUUGCUUUUGUUUUGUUUUGAGUUCUGUUUGUAAAUACCUGGGGCAUGACCCUGGCAUGAUGACAAAAGUUGAAGCAGAACUGUAGGGCAGUCCCAAGAUGACAAGAGUUUACUGACCACCCAAGCUGACUUGGUAAUACUUGGAGUUUGUCAGAAGAAGAUCUAAUAUGCCCUGAACUGGCUUGGCUCUUGGUGCAAUGUCUAUUGCACUUCUUCCUUGCCAGGUACUUUUGGGACAUAGGAUGCAUUGUAAUUAGAUGCUCCCCUCUCCUUGGAUCAUUCCCCAGGAUGCCCAGGAUGCUUGACCAGGUUCCUGUUUUCUGACUGACUCUGGAAAAGUAGUAGCUGCAUCCCAGGACUUUGUGGCAAUCUAACAUCCCUAUUCCCUCCCCUUCCCCCUGUUCAAGUAUCAUAUUGUACAGUAGCUUUCAAACCAUACAGUAUUCAUUGGGUUACUCUUAUUAUUAUCAAGUAGCUGGAAUUGUGAAGGUCAGAGUAGUUAGCUCUUUAGCUUUUAUUCUUUUUUUUUGUAUUAUCCAUGUGUAUAAAUUAUUGAUCAUGUUGCUGGCUUUUAUAAACUCUAAGCAAGGGAGGUGGAGUCUUUCUUCAUCCUUUGCAAAUGGUAAUGAAGCACUGUUUUUAAAUAAAAGAGAAACACCAUC